UUCAAAGCUUCUGUGAGCGAGUGCAGUGUUUGGAGAAUAACCGGCCAAAGUCCUCUUGUCCUCAGCACACCAUCAUGGCUUCUGCUGCCCAGUUGUUAAAUAGUAAGGCUGAGUCGCGAAGGCGAGGCGAAGCCCUACGCGUCAACAUCUCUGCCGGCGAAGGUCUGCAAGAUGUCCUGGCGAGCAACUUGGGACCGACGGGCACACUCAAGAUGCUCGUCGACGGUGCCGGCGCGAUCAAGCUGACCAAGGAUGGCUCGGUGCUGCUCAAGGAGAUGCAAAUUCAAAACCCAACGGCAGUCAUGAUUGCCCGAGCAGCAACAGCACAGGACGAAAUCUGCGGCGAUGGGACUACCUCUGUAGUGCUGAUGGUAGGAGAAUUGCUGAAGCAGGCCGACCGGUAUAUCAGCGAAGGACUGCAUCCACGAGUCAUCACCGACGGUUACGAGCUGGCGAAGACAGAGGCGCUGCGCUUUCUCGACACUUUUAAGAUCGAGCGAGAACCAGACCGCGAGCUCUUACUCUCCGUCGCCCGAACCAGUCUCUCCACCAAGAUCAAUCCUACCCUAGGCGAACAACUCACCCCAGCCAUCGUCGAUUCGGUCUUGGCCAUCUACCAAAAGCCAGCGAAACCUGACCUCCACAUGGUGGAGAUCAUGACCAUGCAACACCGAACAGCGGCCGACACUCAGCUAAUCCGCGGUCUUGCGCUCGACCACGGCGCACGGCAUCCGGACAUGCCGAAGGAAGUCCGAAACGCCUACAUCCUUACCCUCAAUGUCAGCUUGGAGUACGAGAAGAGUGAGAUCAAUAGUGGCUUCUACUACAGCUCUGCCGAGCAAAGAGAGAAGCUAGUCGAGAGCGAGCGCAAAUUCGUUGACGAGAAGCUCCGACGAAUAGUGGAGUUGAAGAAGGACGUCUGCGGGACGGACGGCAAGAAGAACUUCGUCAUUGUCAACCAAAAAGGCAUUGACCCACUGUCACUUGACGUGUUAGCAAAGAACGGCAUCUUCGCUCUCCGCCGCGCGAAGAGAAGAAACAUGGAGCGACUCCAACUCAUCUGCGGCGGCAUAUCGCAGAACUCCGUUGACGAUCUCAAACCCGACGUCCUCGGCUGGGCCGGCCACGUGUAUGAACACACCUUAGGAGAAGAGAAAUUCACCUUCAUCGAAGAAGUCAAGGACCCCAAAUCCGUGACAUUACUGAUCAAGGGUCCCAACGCACACACCAUCACGCAAAUCAAAGACGCCGUCCGAGACGGCCUUAGGAGUGUCUACAAUAUGAUCGUAGACGGCAGCGUAGUACCCGGCGGCGGCGCCUUCCAAGUCGCCGUCGCCUCGCGACUAAACAGCGACGACUUCCAGAAAUCCGUCAAGGGGAAAGCAAAAUGGGGUGUUUCUGCUUUCGCGGAAGCUCUGCUCAUCAUCCCAAAGACUUUGGCGGCGAACUCGGGGCAUGACAUACAGGACUGCCUCGCUGCGCUCCAGGACGAGCAUGCGGAGGGUCAUACGGCUGGCCUGGAUCUUACGCUUGGAGAGCCAAUGGAUCCCGUGCAGAUGGGUGUUUAUGAUAGUUUCAGGGUGCUUAGAAAUAGUAUUGCGAGUGCGACGGGGAUUGCGUCGAAUUUAUUGUUGUGCGAUGAGAUGCUUAAGGCAAGGCAGAUGGGCAAAUCGGGGCCGCCCGGAGGUGGGGAGGAAGGUGGCGAGUAAUGAUCAGCAUCAUAUGCAUCGUGUCUCGCCCAGGGCGUUCAACAUCCUCUUUUGUAGCAUUGUGCAUAGCGAUAGGGGUCCGGAAGACCAUUGAUGUAGCACAUAGAUCUGCGCUCCAAAGAGGGUAUGAGUUGCCGCUUCCUAUUGGGUCCGUGACUGCCCGAGACAGCCUAG